AUGCCACAGGGCAAGAAGAAGAAGGCCUCAAGGGCACCGAGGCCCCCGAGUGCUCCAAAGGGGCCCAAACCCAAGCAUCUCCAGGAAGAAAUGAACGAGGAAGCAUACGAGCGAAUCCUGCUUCGCUAUGGAGAGGACCAUGAGUUUGUGCAGCGAGCUAGGAUUACUCUCGACAAGAAGAAGAACCAAGGCUCGUCGAGUAAGGAUCCGCAAGGGGGUCGGUCAAGUAAAGGAUAA